CCACAAUUGUUCAUAAUCUGUACUCUGUUUCUGUGUUCCCUGCAGAUGUUCAUCAGGUUCUGCUGGUUAAAGAAGAACUGAGUCCUGAUCUGGACCAGAACCACCCAGAGCCUGUCCACAUGAAGGAGGAAGAGGAGGAACCCUGGAGCAGCCAGCAGGGGGAGCCGCUCAGUGUGAAGGAGGAGGCUGAUGCCUCCAGGUCUCCAGUCAUUGCUGUUCUCAUAAAGAGUGAAGAUGAUGAAGAGGAACCUCUGAUCUCUCAUCUUCAUCAAGCAGAAGAUGGAGAACUGCCAAGCAGCAGCUCAGCUCAGCAGAACCUGAAAGCAGAACCUGAGGGAGAGGAAGAUGGAGAGGAUGAUGAUGUGGAGCAGCCUGACUCGGGGUCUGAAACUGAAGACAGUGAUGAUGAGUGGAAGGAGAGCAGGACUCCUGAGUCAGGUGUCAACAGAUCCCUGAGCUGCUCUGAAUGUGGCCAGCAGUUUAACAACAAGCGCUCUCUUCAGAGUCACAUGGCCGAUCAUUCAAGCUCAGCCAGUGAGGUCCAGCCACAUCUGAAGCUGUAUAGUUGUCCUGACUGCGGUAAAUGUUUCAACAGGAAGGAUUAUCUCAACAAACACAUGAAAUGCCACACAGGAGAGAAACCCUACGGGUGUGAUGUUUGUGAACAAAGAUUUAGAGUUAAGUCUAAAUUAAAUCGACACAUGAAAAUUCACACAGGAGAAAAACCAUUUAGUUGUGAGGUUUGUGAACAAAAAUUUAGAGUUAAAUCAAGUUUAAACAGACACAUCAGAGUUCACACAGGAGACAAACCUUUUAGCUGUGACUUUUGUGAGCGAAAAUUUCGUAAUAAGUCAACUUUAAACAAUCACAUCAGAAUUCAUGCUGGAGAAAAAGCAUUUAUUUGUGAUGUUUGCGAACAGAAGUUCAGGUUAAAAUCAACUUUAAAAAGUCACAUGAGAGUCCACACAGGAGACAAACCAUUUAUUUGUGAUGUUUGUGGGCAAAGAUUUACCGGAAAGUCUGCUUUAAACCGUCACAUGGCAAUCCACACAGGGGAUAAACCGUUUGGUUGUGAUGUCUGUGGGAAAAGAUUCAGUGAAAAUUCUCAUUUAAACUGCCACAUGAGAAUCCACACAGGCGACAAACCGUUUAGUUGUGAUGUUUGUGAGCAAAGAUUUCGAUUCAAGUCAAAUCUAAACAGACACGUGAAAAGUCACACAGGAGAAAGACCUUUUGGAUGUGAGGUUUGUGGACGAAGAUUUUUUCAGAAGUCUGCUUUAAACGGUCACAUGACAAUCCACAGACGAGAUAAACCAUUUGGUUGUGAUGUAUGUGGUCGAAGAUUUACUGCAAAACCUGCCUUAAGAAAUCACAUGAGGAUUCACACUGGAGGAGAAACUGCUUAGGGAACAAUAAAUGCUUGUUCUGCCGUUCAA